CUCCAGAGGACAGGGGAUUUCACGGGGCACCAGGCUUCUCAGAAACCACACAGAGGGUCUGUGGCAGAGCUCAGGGCCCCUGAGUCAAUCGGGGUGGGGGGGCUAGGCAGAGGGGUCCUGCUCUGGCAGCUGAAGAGUGGGGCUCUUCAAAAGCCAUCCAUUCGGUCAGCAUCGACUGAGUGCCAGGCAGGUCGUCCCCUGCACAGCUGUCAGGAGAGGACCGCAGCCUCCCUGAGGUGGUGCCAGAGCCCAGAGUGGAAGCCAUGGAAGGGCCUCGACCCAGAGGAUGAAGCUUUAGGGAGGUCACGGAGGAGGAAGAGCCCGGUGCUCGCGCUGCCUGCGCGGGGGGCCUUCUUCGUGCGGUGCCCCUGGGCCCUGCCGCUCGGCUCCCCGGCCUCGGCGCGCCCCUCCCUCUCGCUUCCCCUCCCGCCUCUCCCCCUGCCCGCCCCUACCCCGCCCCUCCUCGCGCGGCCCCGGAGCCUCGCUCUUCAGCAGCCCUUUUUCCCUCGCUGCCCCGCCACCCCGAGCCCACCCCGGGGUCCCAGCGCCCCGCCCGCCGCCGCCGCCGCCGUCCCCGCCAGGCCCGGCCCCGCCGCAGCGCGGGCGGUCAGUGCGCAGCCCGGCGCCCGCCCGGAGCCCAGAGCCCGGAGCCGGGAGCCGGAUCGCAGGCUCGGAGAGAAGCCGACCGACCGCCGCCCCCAGCCAGGCGCCAUGCUGCCGCUCCUGCUGGGCCUGCUGGGCCCGGCCGCCUGCUGGGCCCUGGGCCCGGCUCCGGGCUCCACAGAGCUGCGCUCGGCCUUCUCGGCCGCACGCACCACCGCCCUGGAGGGCACGUCGGAGAUGGCGGUGACCUUCGACAAGGUGUACGUGAACAUCGGGGGCGACUUCGACGCGGCCACCGGUCAGUUCCGCUGCCGCGUGCCCGGCGCCUACUUCUUCUCCUUCACGGCUGGCAAGGCCCCGCACAAGAGCCUGUCGGUGAUGCUGGUGCGCAACCGCGACGAGGUGCAGGCACUGGCCUUCGACGAGCAGCGUCGGCCCGCCGCGCGGCACGCCGCCAGCCAGAGCGCCAUGCUGCAGCUCGAUUACGGCGACACGGUGUGGCUGCGGCUGCACGGCGCCCAGCAGUACGCGCUCGGGGCACCCGGCGCCACCUUCAGCGGUUACCUGGUGUACGCCGACGCCGACGCGCCUGCGCGCGGGCCGCCCGCGCCCCCGGAGCCGCGCUCGGCCUUCUCGGCGGCGCGCACGCGCAGCCUGGUGGGCUCGGACGCGGGCCCGGGGCCGCGGCACCGGCCCCUCGCCUUCGACACUGAGCUUGUGAACAUCGGCGGCGACUUCGACGCGGCGGCUGGCGUGUUCCGCUGCCGCCUGCCCGGCGCCUACUUCUUCUCCUUCACGCUGGGCAAGCUGCCGCGCAAGACGCUGUCGGUGAAGCUGAUGAAGAACCGCGACGAGGUGCAGGCCAUGAUUUACGACGACGGCGCGUCGCGGCGUCGCGAGAUGCAGAGCCAGAGCGUGAUGCUGGCGCUGCGGCGCGGCGACGCCGUCUGGCUGCUCAGCCACGACCACGACGGCUACGGCGCCUACAGCAACCAUGGCAAGUACAUCACCUUCUCCGGCUUCCUGGUGUACCCCGACCUCAUCCCCUCCGGCCCGCCCGGCCUCGGGCCUCCGGAGCUCUGAGCCACGACCCGGAGACGAGCCCCGGGCGGCCCGGGGCGUGCAUGCCAAGCCGGGACCGCGGCCCGAAUGUCCCGCCGGCGCGAGCAUGACGGCCCGCCCAGCGUGGCUGGACUCUGCCAAUAAAGUGGGCCUGCGCCGGCGCCUGUCUGCCGGGGUCCUGCG